AUGGUUGGUGUGAAGAUCCUUCUUAGCGGUGCUUGGCUCUUGCCAGCAGCCUAUGGUGCCUUCUCGACAUCCGGCCCUACGGCCUCGGACUCUCACUCUGCCGCUUCUUCGAUCUCUUCGGGAAAAUACUCUCAAUUCACAAUUCCCCCUGGCGUCGAUACUGGCGCGCAGCUGAUCGCUAAUAUUGAUGACCCUGAAGCCGUCAACGCGCAGUCGGUUUGUCCCGGGUACAAGGCAUCAAACGUCAGGGAGUCUGCUCGCGGAUUAACCGCUACUCUGACGAUAGCCGGAAAGCCAUGCAAUGUUUAUGGCACCGAUGUAGACUCGUUGGACUUUUCCAUCGAAUACCUUGCUAAUGACCGCCUCAACGUUCAAAUCGUCCCGACAUAUCUCGAUUCUUCGAACUACUCUUGGUUCGUGUUGGACGAGCAUGUCGUUCCCCGACCCACUUCCGAUGAUCAUGCAUCAAAGACGCAUAGUGAUCUUGAGAUCACCUGGUCGAAUGAACCUUCUUUCCAUUUCAAAGUGACCCGCAAGGCUACCCAUGACGCCAUCUUCGACACCACUGGUUCGGUCCUGGUGUUUGAGGACCAGUUUGUCGAGUUUGUUACCUCAUUGCCCAAGGAUUAUAACUUGUAUGGCAUCGGAGAGCACAUCCAGCAGCUGCGCCUCUUGAACAACCUCACUCUAACUCUAUAUGCGUCGGAUAUUGGUGACCCUAUUGAUGGCAAUGUUUAUGGCUCCCAUCCUUUCUAUUUGGACACCCGCUACUAUGAGGUUAGCCACGGUCACCACACCCUCGUUGCAAGUGACAAGGCCGAUCAGUCUAAGGACUAUGUUUCCUUCUCACACGGUGUCUUCUCUAGAAAUGCUCAUGGCCAGGAAAUUAUUAUGAAUCCUGAGGGCUUGAAAUGGCGAACCCUGGGAGGUAGCAUUGAUCUCACUUUCUACUCGGGUCCUAGCCAAGCGGAUGUGACCAAGAACUACCAGUUGAGCACCAUUGGCUUGCCAGCCUUGCAGCAGUACUUUACUUUUGGCUUCCACCAGUGCCGCUGGGGAUACAAUAACUGGACCGAGCUUGAAGAAGUUGUCUCUAACUUUGAGAAGUUUGAAAUCCCGCUGGAGACUAUCUGGAAUGACAUCGAUUAUAUGCAUGGUUACCGCGAUUUCGACAAUGAUCAACAUCGUUAUCCGUACAGUGAGGGUGAGAAGUUCAUAGACAAACUGCACACCAGUGGCCGUCAUUAUGUUCCCAUUAUAGAUGCGGCUAUCUACAUUCCAAACCCCGAGAAUGCCUCGGAUGCCUAUGAUACCUACGCCCGCGGGCACAAGGAUGACGUAUUCCUGAAGAAUCCCGAUGGAAGCGAGUACAUCGGCGCUGUCUGGCCCGGCUACACUGUCUUCCCCGACUGGCACAAUCCUAAGACAGGCGAUUUCUGGGCGAACGAAAUUGUUACCUGGCAAAAGAAAAUGGCCAUUGAUGGCAUCUGGAUUGAUAUGAACGAGGUUUCUUCCUUCUGCGUUGGCAGCUGCGGAUCUGGAAACCUUAGCAUGAACCCAUCGCACCCUCCGUUUGCCUUGCCUGGAGAGCCUGGCAACGUUAUUUAUGACUAUCCAGAAGGAUUCGAGGUCAAUAACAAGACUGAAGCUGCAUCUGCAUCUGCAGCGUCAUCAAGCCAGGCAGCUGCCGCUACAACUGGGGGCUCUGUCUCCUCGUCUACCUCUUAUCUGAGAACUACACCCACUGCAGGAGUACGCAACGUCAUCUACCCGCCAUAUGUGAUCAAUCAUGACCAGGAUGGCCACGACCUGAACUCGCACGCCGUGUCCCCGAACGCCACUCACUCUGACGGCGUCAAAGAAUACGAUGUGCACAACCUCUUCGGCCACCAAAUCCUUAACGCCACCUACCAUGGCCUGCUGAAGGUCAACGAAAAGAAGCGUCCCUUCAUCAUUGGCCGCUCAACAUUCGCAGGCUCCGGUAAAUGGGCCGGUCACUGGGGUGGUGACAAUGCCUCUAGGUGGGCAUUCAUGUUUUUCUCCAUCCCCCAAGCCCUCUCGUUCUCCCUCUUUGGAAUCCCCAUGUUCGGCGUCGAUACCUGCGGCUUCAGCGGUAACGCCGACGAAGAACUCUGCAACCGCUGGAUGCAACUAUCAGCCUUCUUCCCCUUCUACCGCAACCACAAUACCCUCUCCGCAACCUCGCAAGAGCCCUACGUCUGGGAAUCCGUCACGGCCGCCGCCAAAUCCGCCAUGAAGAUCCGCUACGCAAUCCUCCCAUACAUCUACACCCUCUUCCACGAAGCCCACACAACCGGCUCCACGGUUAUGCGCGCCCUAGCCUGGGAAUUCCCCACAGAUCCCUCCCUCGCCGCAGUCGAUACCCAGUUCCUCCUCGGUCCCUCAAUCAUGGUCAUUCCCGUGCUCGCCCCGCAAGCCACCUCCGUCAAGGGCGUCUUCCCUGGCCUCAAGCACGGCGAGGUCUGGUACGACUGGUACACCCAGACAGCUGUGGACGCAAAGCCCGGCGUCAACACCACUAUCCCUGCCCCGCUGGGCCAUAUCCCCGUUUUUGUGCGUGGAGGCAGCGUCUUGCCGAUGCAGGAGCCGGCUUUAACUACGAAGGAGGCGCGUGGCACGCCCUGGUCUUUGCUCGUCGCGCUCGGUGGCGGUGGCGCUGCCUCUGGGCAGUUGUAUCUCGAUGAUGGAGAGAGCAAUUCUCCCGAUAAGACUCUUGAUGUUACUUUCGGGGUCAAGGGGUCCAGCUUAAGUGCCAGUGCAAAAGGUGACUGGGAGGAGUCAAAUCCUCUCGCUACUGUUACUGUUCUCGGUGUGUCUAAGAAACCUGGUUCUGUCAAGUUUAAUGGUAAACCUGUGCCAGCUUCUGGGGUGCAGUAUAAUGCUACAUCGCAUGUGUUGUCUGUUGGUGGGUUGCAGAAGUUGACUGAGGAGGGUGCUUUCAAUGAGAAUUGGACUUUGAAUUGGUAA